GGUAGAGUUGAGGGUCUGGAACAUAAUGUGAUUGAACACUCUGACAUGUGGAGAUGAUGUGUGGACUCUACAAGAUGAUAUUUUGUGAUCUCAUAUCAUAAAUACUUCUAUUUUACAGAUGUUAUUUUCUGCCAUUCUGUUGGUUUAGGAUGACGAUCUGAUGAACAUAAAAGUUGAGGGUGAAGAAGAAGACACAUAUGUGAGGGAUGAUCAGCAGUCUAUGGAGGAGGAUGAAAUAACGGGGACAUUUAUAGAGGAGGACAGUCCUACAGAGAUCAGCACAGGAGACGCCAUCAAGAAACCCUCGAAGGAUCGUCUCACUUUAUCUCCAGAUUGUAAAAUGGAGGAUGAGGACAUCACAAGAGAUUGUGCAGGAGAAAAGACAAUGAGCUCAGCUAUGGAUGGAGGACUUCACAGUGUGGAUAGACCAUCCAAUCCCUCUGACUCUGAGCAACCUCAUACUGUGAGGAAUGGAGCUAGAAUUCAGGGGACGGGGACAUUUUCCUGCCCUGAGUGUGGGAAAUGCUAUUCACAGAAGUCCUGUCUUACAAGACAUAAAAAACUACACACAGGGGAGAAUCUGUAUCCUUGCACUUACUGUGGGAAAUGUUAUACACAGAAAUCACACCUUGCUUCACAUCAAAGAUCUCACACGGGGGAGAGCCCAUAUUCUUGCCCUGAGUGCGGGAAAUGUUUUUCACAGAGGGGCAGUCUUUCCAGACAUCAGAGAUUGCAUUCGGGGGAUAAGCCGUAUGCCUGCCCUGAGUGCUGGAAAAGUUUUUCACAGAAAACAGGCCUUGUUAUACAUCAAAGAACUCACACGGGGGAGAAGCCGUAUUCCUGCCUAAUGUGCGGGAGGUGUUUUUCUGAAAAGACUAGUCUUACCAAACAUCAGAGAUUGCACACGGGCGAGAAACCGUAUUCCUGUGCCACAUGCGGGAAAUGUUUUAAACAAAACUCAGAACUCGUUAAACAUCAAAGAUCUCACACGGGGGAGAAGCCGUAUUUCUGUGCUGAGUGUGGGAAAUGUUUUUCACAGAAGUCCAAUCUUAAUGCACAUCAAAGGUUUCACACAGGUGAGAAGCCAUUUUCCUGUCCUGAGUGUGGAAAAUGUUUUUCGUGGAUGUCUCAACUCACUGAACAUCAAAUGUGUCACACACUGAAUUAACUAUUUUUCCAUCCCGAGUAUGAGAAAUGUUAUCCUCAGCAAUUAGAACUGUCAACGAUCAAAAAUCCACAAUUUUACAGUUGAACUGGAUGGACUUGUGUCUUUUUUCAACCUGACUAACUAUGUAACUGUAGAGAGAAGCCAUAUUGCUGUGCCAACUGCAGGAAAUAUUUUCUACAGAAAUCAGAGGUCUCACAAAGAGGAGAAGCCGUAUUCCUUCAGAGUGUGGGAGAGUGAAUGAAUGACUUGUAUAGCGCAACGCAU